CGCCACGAACCGAUAGCAGCUUGCUAGGGCAACUACCAUCCCUAGAACAGCGGCCAGAGUUUUGUGAAAAUUCGGAUUUUCGUAAAUAAUUGGCCAUCCAAGGAGCACAAAAAAAGGGACAAUAUGUCAUACCCGCCACGGGGGGCACCCAUGCCGCCGUACAUGAAUGCCUCGAUACCGCCACCGCACAUGAUGCCAAACAUGGGAAAUGCGCCGCCGCGAAACUUUAGGAACUCGGCCACGAUCAGCUCACAGCCGCAGGUGUACCAUCGUCCGCCAGAGCCGCAGCCACAGUUCCGGGGUCCCAUUAUCACCGUCUUUGUGGGCAACAUCAGUGAACGUGUGCCGGAGGUGCUGCUGAAACGGAUUCUGUCCACCUGUGGCGUUGUUAUCAACUGGAAGCGAGUCUCCACCUUUGGUUUCUGUGAAUUUGACGGCCCAAUUGCAGCCAUGCGUGCCGUCCGCUUGCUCAGCGAAAUGGAAAUCGAUGGCAAGAAGCUGGUGGCCAAAGUAGAUGCCAAGAACAAGGUGCUCAUCGAGGAUUACAAGGAGCAGGAGUGCAAGAACGGUGAUCGUUCCAAUUCGGUGGAUGAAAAGACCGAGGAUCAGUAUGCCAUUGGCAAGAUGCAGGAUCUGCUGGAGGAGCACAAGCAUGAAUUUGAUGGCUUCGAUGGCAGCAAUCGCGGUGAUCUCUAUGGCAGCAGCAGUCGUAAUAAGAAGACUCGACGCGAGGAUGACAUCAAGAUCAAGGUGCUGAAUGACAAUGCCUUAGAGGAGGAGAAGCGUAAUCUUAUAAGCAGCGAGAUUGGCAAGUUUCGGAAGCGAGCCGAGGCCGAUGAGCAUCGCAAGGAGCUGGAAAAGGAAAAGGAGAAGGAGAAGCUGGCGGCCAGCAAGGAGAAGGAGCGCGACAAGGAGCGCAAGAAGGCGCAGCGUGAUAGUGAACGUAAGUCGUCGUCGUCAUCGAACAGUAAAUCCACCAGCAGCAGUAACUCCAGCUCCAAUGCAGCAGGAACAGCAGCAGCAGCAGCCGGAGGAGGCUCCUCCUUGUCCACGUCCAAUGCUGUGGCUGCCACUGCCACAGGCUCAUCUGGAGGUGCUCCUGCUGAUUUGGAUGUGACAAUUGUUGACAAGGAAACGCCAUCAUCAUCCUCCAAGGAUUCCACUGCCGUCAAGGACUUGGCAAAGGAGCCCAAGGAGUCAUCCACCUCCAUUACCGCCGCCACUGCCAGUCGCCGCAAGGAGCCCCUUGAUACUGCACACAAGGAGCGUCGCUCUGACUCCAAAGAGCGGCGACGUCGUCGCUCCAAGUCUCGCUCCAAGGAACGCCAACGCGACCGAGAGCAGGAGAUUCGCGAACAGCGGGAAAGGGAGCGGGAACGAGAGCGCGAGCGGGAGCGCGAACGUGAGCGGGAGCGUGUGGAGAUGCGGGAGCGGGAAAGGGAGCGUGUGGAGAUGAGGGAGCGGGAACGUGAAAGGGAGCGCGAGCGGGAACGCGAACGGGAUCGCGAACGUGAGCGUGAGCGCGAGGAGAAACGCAUGAAGCCGCUAAUGGAUUCGCGUCGCGAAAAGGAAAUGGAAGAGGAGUUGCGGGAGCGCAAAAAGGCCGAAAAGAAGGCGCGCGAAAAGGAGGCGGCCUACCAGGAGCGACUCUCCAACUGGGAGAUACGCGAGAAGCGUCGAGCCAAGGAGAACGAGAAGUACCGCCUGAAGGAGCUGCUGCGUCAGGAGGAGCGCGAAAGUGAUGCCAAGCGCCUGAAGGAAUUCGUUGAGGAUUAUGAUGACGAGCGUGAUGAUUCCUUGUAUUAUCGCGGACGUGAACUUCAGCAGCGGCUGGCAGAGCGUGUACGCGAAGCCGAUGCCGAUUCCAAGGAUCGCGAAAAGGAGGCCGAUGAGCUGGCCGAACUCAAGACCAAGUUCUUUAGCGGUGAAUACGAGAAUCCCUCGCUGGAAUAUGAAAAAGCACGUCGCGAAAUCGAAAAGCUCUACGAGCCGCGCAUCCUGAUCAAUGUGAAUCUGGAAAUGGCCACGGAAACGGCGCAGAACAACAACAAAAACAAGAAUCAGCAGCCUACAACCGACAGCUAUGAUCCAGAUUUGGCCCAUGAUGAUGACAAUUCCAUUUCCAAUGAUGGUCACGAUGAUGGCCAUGACUCUAUGGGUGACAGCGCCUCCAAUGCCAGUGGCUAUGCCAAGAACAACAACAACAAGGAUAACUCUUUGUCCAACAGUUUAAGCAGGCAAAAUAGCGAAUCACGCGAUUCUCUGGCCCACAUUCACACGCCCACCCAGAGUGCCGCCAUGCUGAAUGAUCAUCAGGGUUCGUUGGAGCAUCAUCAUCAUCAUCAUCUGCCCUCGGCCACACCGCCAGUUACCACCAUGCCGCUCAUCUCCCUGACGCUGGGCAACAAUCUCAAGAAGAAGAAGAUUGAAGCCACGGGGGUAUUUGUGAAUGACGAUGACAAUGAUGAGAAUAUUAAUCCCAAAAAGCGCAAGUUGGUGCCGUUAGAUUACGAUGACAACAUGAGCAACAGCACGCCAUCGUCUGCCCAUCCAACCAACAAUAACAACAGCAGCAGCAACAACACUAGCAAUAACAACAACAACAACAAUAGUAGCAACAAUAUAAGCUCUGCGGAACGCCAAAGCUCUGCAGUAUCAGCAGCCACCGCUGCCGCAGCUGCCGUUAGCCAAAAGAUAGCCCUAGCUGGCACCGGCUCAAGUUCCUCCAGUUCCGGCAAAAACAAUGGCAGCAGCAACAGCAAACAUAAUAGCAACAGCAGCAACAGCAGUAGUUCCGCCAGCAAACACGGUAAGAAUGAGGCUGGUGGUGCCAGUGCAGAUGCUGCCGCUGCUAGCGGCAAAAAGGAUGAGAAUGGUGCUAAGGUUUAUGAUGAAAAACGUCGGCAUAUAAAAAGCAUUAUUGACAGGAUACCCACGCAAAAGGAGGAGCUAUUUAAUUAUAAACUUGAUCGCAAUGAGAUUGACAGCGGUCUAAUGGAACGCAAGAUACGUCCAUGGAUAAAUAAGAAAAUUAUUGAGUAUAUUGGUGAGCCAGAGCCAACCCUGGUGGAUUUUAUAUGUUCCAAAGUUUUGGCCGGCAGUCCGCCACAGAGUAUACUCGAUGAUGUCCAGAUGGUACUGGACGAGGAAGCGGAGGUGUUUGUGGUGAAAAUGUGGCGAUUGCUCAUAUAUGAAGUGGAUGCCAAGAAGAGUGGCAUUGGGGGUAAAUAGAAGGAGCAAAAAGGAGGUUACAGUUACCCGCUAAACACACUGGGGAAAUUCGGGCGGGGUUCGGGGUAAGGAUCGUAGGGAACAUACCAAGGAGGUGAAGGAAGAGGAUGACAAGGAGGUGGAACCAAAACGAUUUACAAUAGAUUUUUGUACAUACAGGGUGUGUUCCAAGGCAUGCUCUUCAAAAAGAGAUAGAGAGAGAGUAAAGAGAGAGGAGUAAAGAGACGAGUAAAGAGAGAGGAGUAAAAAGAGACGAGUAAAGAGAGAGUAAAAAGAGAGAGAGAGAGUAAAAAGAGACGAGUAAAAAGAGAGGAGUAAAAAAAAAACGAGUAAAUCGAGAGAUGAGUAAAAAGAGACGGGUAAAAAGAGACGAGUAAGGAGAGAGGAGUAAAGAAAGAGGAGUAAAAAAAAAGAGAGAGUAAAGAGAGAAGUAAAGAGAGAGGAGUAAAGAGCAUCACCUUCCAGCCUCCAUGAUGUCCCCGGCGAUCCCACCUUGCUCUAGCAUUAAUGGAUAAAAUAAAUCAUCGAUAACUGUAAAUACACCCACUAAAAAAAAAAACUCGCUUUUAAAAGCGACACAAAAAAACACAAUCAUGAACAGCCAGCAGCAGCGGCAAUUAAGAGAGAGACCCCAAAACCGAAGUGCAUUUCGGUUUAAACUCUUUCAAAUUCUUAUUUGUUUUUUUUUUAAACCAAUUCUCGGCCCUGUAUCAUCAUUUUGUUUUUUCUUAUAUUUUA